AUCACUGCAUUUGUUUUUCUAGGGGGUGUGCUUCGUGUUCCUCCUCGCUUGCGCGUUCUCUCUCCUCCCCCUCUCUUGAUGUGCGUGUAUUGAUGCAGGAUCACAGUUGGUCUCAAGGGUGUAGCUCAGACACUGCAGUGGAAGGUAGGGCUGGGCUGCUCUACUAUACAAUGCGCUGAAAGAUGGUGCACCAGGAGAAAUGUGUUUACCAGGCCCAGAGGAAUGAGAGGGAGUCCAUAAGGCAGAAGCUGGCCCUUGGCAGUUUCUAUGACGACGGACCGGUUACUUUCACUGGCUGCAGCAAGAAGUGCAUAUCGUCACGGCUUCAGAAUGGGGUGAACCUGCAGAUGUGCUUUGUGAAUGACAGUAGCAGUGAUAGGGACAGUGAUGCAGAGGACAGCAGAACAGAGACCAGCUUGGACACCCCAUUGUCACCUGUGAGCAAGCAGAGCUCCUCUCUGUCUGAUCGGGACACUGGUGAGGAAGAUUUAGAGUCGGACGAUUCAGAAUUCUGGCGGUUACAGCGUCGGCUACAGGAGGAGGCGCGUGUUGCUUUGGCUCUGGCUCGUCCGAUGGCCCGCAUGCAAGUGGAGGUGGAAAGACAAAUUCAGCUUCAUCGCAGGUCCCCAGUGGCAGACCUGUUGCCACAUCUGCCACACAUCAGUGAGAGUCUAAUGAAGAGAAAUCUGAGACCUAUGGACCUGAGGGACAUGAGUCUUGGUCAGUUACAGGUCAUCACCAAUGAUCUGCACUCUCAGAUACAAGGUUUAAAUGAGGAGCUGGUGCAGCUGUUGCUCUUGAGAGAUGAACUUCACAUGGAGCAGGAUGCCAUGCUGGUUGACGUUGAGGAUUUAACCAGGCAUGCGCAUAGCCAGCAAAGGCACUUGAUGGAGAAGGUUCCAUCCAAAGGCAAAGGAGCUUGCCACACUCGCUGUGAUUCUCCAUACUGAGGCAAACAUUAAAGAGCCCAGGGGCCAACCACUUAUGUUUCACUAUAUAAUGAAUCUCAUUGAUCCCUUUUCAGUCCGACUAGAUGUAUGUCUUUUUGCCUUCGUUGGCUUUGUGUGGAUGUUAAUUAUACAUGCAGUAAGUGUUCAUGCAUGCCUGCACCCUAGCUAACGGAUGCACACACAGAUAAAGCCUAUUGUAAGGCUUUUAUAAUGUAGAAUUAGGGACUUCAUAUGUUGUUGGAAUUCUAUCACGAUGACAGGUUUGCUCUUUUCAGGGUAUUUCUUGAUAAUGAUGUACUGAGUGCCAAAGAUGUAUUCGGGUCGCUUAGUAUGGACAUUAAUGUUUGCGCUCAGAAACUAUAUUAAUACUCUCUUCUCAACUGUAAACUGCUUCUCUGUGCAGAUUAUUGCCGGUUUUGUUUAACAACCUAUACUCCAGUUUCCCUUACUUGGGAUUAAUACGCCUAUAUGCAGUGUUUAAUACACUGGCUAAUGUGCUUGAGAUCUCUCAGCUAUAACGGAUAUGACAUUACCUGAAUGGUUUAAAUGGAAAGAAAUAUUAGGGUGAUGUUAAUGUUAUAUUUGUUUGUAAGAAGCUGCCUGAUGUGGUGGAAAUAAUUUUCUCAUGUUCACAAUGAACUGUGAUGUCUGUCUUUUAAGAUUGUCUAUUUUACCUACUUUUUUCAUCCAAUUGUGGCAUUUCUGGUUUCACAGAUGUAAGUGACAAGACAUGGUUGAAAUACCGUCGUGUGCACGGAAAUGGAAAAGGAUAUUACUAACAAAUAAAUGACUUAUCUUGG